GUAAAAAGUCAAAGCCACUCUGUUUUCAUUGCGUUUGUGGUGUUCACAGUGCACUAAUUUUUGUUAGUGUUAAUAAGUUAAUUUGUCACUGCACACUGUAUUUUAAUCCGGGGAAUGUAUGGAAGAGCAACCUAGUUGAAUAUCCUCCUUCCUUUACCUGGUAUUUUACUUUAUGACGUCACACCAGCUGACUAAAUCUGAACAACACAUAGCAACCAGGCAGAGCAAGUACAACAGCCCCAGUGCUCAAAGAUUGCAGUCAGACUAUUUAGCCCUGCCAUCAUUACACCUCAAAUCCGCCAGUGGCAGGCCGCUAGAUGAUAGGUACUCCUACUUCAGGUUCUCGGGACCAGUUAGUGGUCAGGUGAAAAAAGUGAUUGUACCUGGAUUGCGUGGGAAAGCCGUUGAUUAUGUGGCGAAACCCGACUACAAAUACACAUACGGCGUCCACGACGGAGACAGUCAGAAUUCCCACGCCGAAACUCGAAAUGGAGAUUCGGUGCUAGGCGAAUACAGGGUUUUGCAAUCUGAUGGACUUGUUAGGAUCGUCAGGUAUACGGCGGAUCCCACCAGCGGAUUCAAGGCCACUGUCGAGUAUGUUCAUUAGGCUGUUCUUAAAUUUUCAUUUGAAUAUAUUUUUAUAGUAA